CCGCACCACAAUCCACCGCAGUCCUCAUAUCACAUCUCACAGCCAGCUCAAAGCGCCGUGAACCACCACGCCUCGAAUCGAACCCAGACAGUCUCCCUCCCAGGCAAAAUGUGUAACUCCAACGUCAAGUCCGCCGGCGUCGCCCAGAUCGACGGCCGCCCGGUCCUGCAGCCGGCCGGCAACCGCGUCGCGGCGCCGGAAGGCGCCAAGCCGCUCAAGAAGUCCCUGCAGAAGUCGCUCUCGAUGCCUGCUGCGUACGACAAUGCCGCUGCCGCCGCCGCCAUCACCUGCACGGCAGCGCCCAAGAACACCGGCGCGGCGGCCGCGACGCCUUACCUACUGCCGCCUACUCCGGCAAAGGCGGCGGGAGCCAAGGCGGCGGGCGCCAGGGCGGCGGCGUCCACGGGCGCGGACAAGAACAGGAAGCAGGCGGGCAAGAAGAGCGGCGCCGUGCUGCCGGUGGUGACGUUCGCGGCGCUGGAGGCGUUCGAGCUGGCCGGCCCCGCCGGGAGCAUCGCGGCGGCGCAGCGGGAGCACGUGACGCAGGCGCAGGCGCAGCGCAAGAUGCGGAUCGCGCACUACGGCCGCACCGCCUCCUUCUCCCGGGUGGAGGGCAAGGUCGGGGCCACCGCCACCGCCACCGCGACAGCGCCCGCCACGCCCGCCGCUGCACCGGAGGAGAAGCGCUGCAGCUUCAUCACGGCGUACUCGGACCCCGUGUACGUCGCGUACCACGACGAGGAGUGGGGCGUGCCGGUGCACGAGGACGAGCUGCUGUUCGAGAUGCUGACGCUGUCCGGCGUGCAGGUCGGGGCCGACUGGGCUUCCAUCCUCAGGAGGAGACACAUCUACAGGGAGGCAUUCUCCGGGUUCGACGUGGACGCGGUCGCCAAGUACACGGAGAAGCAGAUGGCCUCCGUGAGCGCCGGGUACGGGCUGGACUUGGGCACCAUCCGAGGCGCCGUCAACAACGCCUGCCGCAUCCUCGAGGUGAGGAGGGACUUCGGGUCGUUUGGCAAGUACGUGUGGGGGUUCGUGAACCAGAAGGCGCUGUCGCCGGGGUACAAAUACAGCCGGAAGAUCCCGGUGAAGACGUCCAAGUCGGAGUCCAUCAGCAAGGACAUGGUCCGGCGGGGCUUCCGGUUCGUCGGCCCCACCGUGCUCCACUCCUUCAUGCAGGCCGUCGGGCUCACCAACGACCACCUCGUCUCCUGCCCGCGCCACCGCGUCUGCUCCUCUUCUUCCUCCACCUCCUCCGUCUAAGCCGACAGCCGGCCAUGCACCGGCCGCCGCACAAAAAGAGAAAAAGAAAGAAGAUCUCGAAGAGACAGAUGACACGAGAUAGCCUCACCUCAGCCCUCAACUCAUGGGAGUAGUAGUAUACGAAAUGGGAGUGUGUGUGUGUGUGUAUGUGUGUGUGCUCGGUCGGCACGCGUAGAUUAACUGCGUGCCGCCCCUAAUUAGCUUGCUUGGUAAUCGCUGCCAGUUCAGUCGGUACGUGCGUGCAUGUAAUCGGGUGCUGCUGCCACUGCUUGGUGUAUAGUCAUUUUGUGUGAUUGAUCUGCA